CUCUAUGUCACAAUCACAUCACCCAGCACUAAGCAGAGUCUAGAAAUACAGUAGGGAGACUGGAAUUUUUUUUCAACUAAAGUUUUUCUCUUUCUCUCUCUAAUAAAACAUCUAAAACCCAUAAGACACCUUUAAGAACUUCUUACCAAAAAAUGCUGAAAGACAGUGGAAAUUGUUUUCACCCAGAAGAUUUUCUUCUUGUUAUUUGAAAUUGAUGGUCAACAGAUGUGGCAACCGCAUCUCUUUGUUGGGUUCUUCCUUCAGUCACUAGGCAAAGAGAGAGAUGAAUCUCCUCAAGGUUGGCACUCAGAGAAACAGCACUGUAGCUUGUUGGCUUCUGAAGUUGAGUUUCCUCUGGCUUCUUAGUCAGAGCUCUUGCAGAGCUGGCGCGGUUUGGACUGCGUAUAUGAACAUAUCAUUUCACGCUUAUAAUCGCGUGCAUUCAGAGCUGGGGGAGACUGGAGUGUUUGGAAGAAGCUCCGCUUUGAAGAGAGUCGUCGGAGUGAUUGUGCCACCAGGGGGGAAUAUUCAAAAUGCAUGUAGUCCCAACACCAGUUUCAACAGAUCGAAGAUCUCAGAGGCAUGGCUAGCACUUGUUGAACGGGGAGGUUGUACCUUCACGCAGAAAAUUAAGGUGGCCAUUGCGAAGGGGGCCAGUGGCGUGAUCAUCUAUAACUUUGCUGGAACCGGCAAACAGGUUUUCCCCAUCUCACAUCAGGCCUUUGAAGACAUCGUGGUGGUGAUGAUUAGCAACCUAGAAGGCAAGCAGAUUUUGACUUUAAUUCAGAUGGGUGUUCACGUGACAGUCGUGGUUGAGGUGGGGAGAAGACACAUCCUCUGGAUGAAUCACUAUUUUGCCUCUUUUGUGAUUGUCACAACUGCUACCAUAGCAUAUUUCAUCUUUUACCAUAUUCGAAGAUUUUGGGUAGCAAGGAUUCAGAACAGGAGAUGGCAGCAACUGACAGUAGAUCUCAAGAAAGCAUUCAACCAGCUCCAGCUUCGGGUACUGAAAGAGGGGGAUGUGGAAGUAAAUCCAAACGGUGAUAGCUGUGUCAUUUGUUUUGAGCUCUACCAGCCUAAUGAUAUGGUUCGCAUUCUGACUUGUAAACACUUUUUCCACAAGAGUUGCAUUGACCCCUGGAUUUUAGAACAUGGGACAUGUCCCAUGUGCAAAUGUGAUAUUCUUAAAGCUUUGGGGAUUAAAGUGGAUGUUGAACAUGGAACUGUACCUUUGCAACUUCUGAUGUCGAAUGAAUUACCUGGGACCUUGUUACCUAGUGAAGAGGGGACAAAUCAUGAUCUUCCUCCUGCCGGACGAUCUGAUAAAGUGACUCAUUUGGAGAAGGAGGAGGAGCAGAAGACUUCUCAGGAUUACAACCAGCCUAAUUCAGUUGCAGAAGUUCAUCCUUCACCUUGGCAGCAUGACCUUUGAGGAAGUGGAUUAAACCUGUUUGUCAAAUCAGGUCCUAUACUGACAAACAGUUUGUUUGAAGUGUCGUUUUUGUGUCCUUCUUUGAUAUUUUAGUAAUUUUCUACAUUUAUUGUCAACCCUCAAAGACAAAAAAAAAGUCUAGCAGGAUUUUUUUUUUAACCUUUGCUACAUGUCAUUUUUUUUAAUCAGUGUUUAUUCCUCCUGUGAGUAUGUAUUUUUGUACACACAUGCAUAUUAAAACCAAAGACAAGCUUUUCCCCUAA